GCCCCGGAGCGGCGAGGCCGGCGGCCUUCCCCAGCUCGCUCGGUCCCGGCACACCCUCUCGGGGGUGGGGAGGCCGCCCCUGGGCCGGGCCUCGCCUCAGGCGCCGCCGCCCCGCCCUAGGCCCGCCCCGCCCGGCCUGAGGGGAGGAACCGGCUGGGCCUUCCCGCGCGGCCCAGGCAGCUCCAGAGUCGCCGGCACUACCUGCGUGCUCCGGGCCCGAACCUGCUCCUGGUUCCUUCCGCAGACGCCAUGAAGAUCAAGGAUGCCAAGAAACCCUCUUUCCCAUGGUUUGGCAUGGACAUUGGGGGGACUCUAGUAAAGCUCUCAUACUUUGAACCUAUUGAUAUCACAGCAGAGGAAGAGCAAGAAGAAGUUGAGAGCUUAAAAAGUAUCCGGAAAUAUUUGACUUCUAAUGUAGCAUAUGGAUCCACUGGUAUUCGGGAUGUACAUCUUGAACUGAAGGAUUUAACACUUUUUGGGCGAAGAGGGAACUUGCACUUUAUCAGAUUUCCAACUCACGACCUGCCUACUUUUAUUCAAAUGGGAAGAGAUAAAAACUUCUCAACAUUACACACGGUGCUAUGUGCUACAGGAGGUGGUGCUUAUAAGUUUGAAGAAGAUUUUCGCACAAUUGGAAACCUCCACCUGCACAAACUGGAUGAACUUGACUGCCUUGUAAAGGGCUUGCUGUAUAUAGAUUCUGUCAGUUUCAAUGGACAAGCAGAGUGCUAUUAUUUUGCUAAUGCCUCAGAACCUGAGCGAUGCCAAAAGAUGCCUUUUAACCUGGAUGAUCCCUAUCCACUGCUGAUAGUGAACAUUGGUUCAGGAGUCAGUAUUUUAGCAGUCCAUUCCAAAGACAACUAUAAACGAGUAACCGGGACAAGCCUUGGAGGGGGUACCUUUCUGGGUUUAUGCUGUUUGUUGACUGGCUGUGAAAGUUUUGAAGAGGCUCUUGAAAUGGCAUCCAAAGGUGACAGCACCCAAGCUGACAAGCUGGUCCGUGACAUUUACGGAGGAGAUUAUGAAAGAUUUGGUCUGCCAGGUUGGGCUGUAGCAUCUAGUUUUGGGAAUAUGAUUUAUAAGGAGAAGCGAGAAUCUGUCAGUAAAGAAGAUCUAGCAAGAGCUACUUUAGUUACUAUCACGAAUAACAUUGGUUCUGUGGCACGAAUGUGUGCUGUUAAUGAGAAAAUAAACCGAGUUGUCUUUGUUGGGAACUUUUUACGUGUCAAUACUCUCUCAAUGAAACUUUUGGCAUAUGCACUGGAUUAUUGGUCAAAAGGUCAACUGAAAGCAUUGUUUCUAGAGCAUGAGGGAUACUUUGGAGCAGUUGGUGCACUUCUUGGACUGCCAAAUUUCAGCUAAAAGGCAUCAGGUUAUUCUCUACUAAUAAAUGUCAUCCAUGAGGAACUGAAAACCAGAGGCAUUAUUACUGCAUUAUUUGUCACUGGGAACCAAAGGAUAACAGAGUAGCACUAUUCCUGUUAAUUUUUAAAUGUCAAGAUGGUAAGCUGCCAAAAGUUGCCAUAUUAAAAGAAGGAGCUCGGUAACAUAUGAAGUAUUUCUCAUUGAAAUGCUUUCCCUUCUGUAUAUAUCCAGUGUUAAAUCCUUAAAAUGCAAUACAGCCUCUGAUUAUUGAGCUUCCUCUCAGAAGAUUUUCCUAUUUAUUUUAUGUAGCCAACUAUUUCAGUACUGUAUGCUCAAACACAAAUCUUAAAGUCUCUGAAAUGUUUAGCUCCUGAAGAUAAUUGGAUCUGAGUAUUUGUUAUAAGUGUGUUCUUACGUGUCUUGGUUACUAGUAAAUGGGCAGUAACAUACCCUGUAUCAAACUUACUGAAAUGGCUAUCAAAGAUGAUUGUUUUGAUGUGAUUUUAGAAAUGGUAAGGCAGUAUGAAUUACUCAUUAUUGCAGUUUUCUUAACAUUUCUCCCACCAAAAAAGCAUGUUAAUGUGAUCUUUUCCCAAAGUAUAAGCUCUUUCAAAUGCCAUAAUUUAAUUGAAAUACUAUUGUUAAAUAUUAGCCUGAAUUUUAAGAUGAGUCCUAGAAAAUCACAUAAUUGGUGAUAAUUGCACUUUCUGUAUGUUAUGUUAAUCAUUAUAUUUAAAAAAUGUUUUGUAAUUUUUAAUUACAAUUAAUUUUAAUUACUAAUUAAUUUUAAUUAGAGACUUAAUUACUUCUUUGAAAAUCCAUUUAAUGAGGUCCCAGGACUAUACUAAUAGAAUAUGGUUUGUGUGCAUUGAUAGAGACCUGUGCUCUUUCCGUACCACAUUAUCUUGGGCCUGAACUUAGUCAUUUCUGUUUAAUUAGGUCUGAAACUUCAAAUUCAAAUUCAUUAUUAUGAAUAGCAGCAAAAAUCACAUUUAUUCUAAAGAGAUCUCUUGGAAAUCUGAAAGAUGAGUUGUUUCGAAACUGUAGGGGUUUGAGGGCAGUAUUGCAGAAUUAGGAAAGGAUCAGUGUUUUAUACAUUCUGGUAAUAAAGGCAUUAUAGUUCCAGAAUUUGUAAAUCCUUUUGCCUUGGAAUUUGUGCUCCAAUUUGAAGUCAUUUUUUAUAAUGCUACUAAUUUUUUUCAGAUAUUUACUUUGGCAGUAACAUUUUUGGAGGUCUAGUUCAGCAAAAUUGUUCAAACCUGUUACUUAAUUGGUCUAAUAAGUAGACUUGGGAAAAAUAUUCACCUCCUUAAAUUACUAGUAAGUGUGGAUAUGCCUUGAAGAGCUUAAAAAUUGUUUACAGGAAGAAAGAAGUAUUAGUAUGUUUUUAUGGAACAUAAUUUUGCUCCAUAAAGAACAGUUUGCAUAGAGGUGCUUGAUAAAGACAUUUCUCCUUAUAGUUUUCAAGUUUCAUGCUCAGAUGUUUAAAAUUCUGUUUUAUUUAUCUAAAAGCAUGAAGGUAUGAAUAAUAGGAGUGAAUAUUCAGAGGGAAAAGCAUGUAAGGUAAUUUUUUAGAAUUUAAAAUAUUUGGAACUUGGAAUUCAUGUCAGGUCAAAGUAAGUCACUUUGAAAACCUACAAUGACUAAAUGUUUCUUACUUUAAUGUUUCCAUUGUUAUGGCUAGAUAUCUCUGUCACUACAAAAAGCCAUGUGUUCAGUUUAUUUUAAAAUUUUGUGAUUUGGACAUUUGAACAAAACGUUUUUGUUUUUAAAUGAUAAUUUCAUGUUCAUGGCAAACUGUAUUAGCAGCCAUAGCAUGGAGCUGUCUUUAAGAAAGAAACAGAAUGGUCGGAGUCCGUGUAAGUUAAUUUGAUCAGUGCUUUGGUUAAUUUGAGAUGUAAUUCAUACUUUAUGUCCUUUGAAACUGAAGUUACCUGUUAAAAUGCAUAUACAGUGAACAACCAUUUUACCAUUUUUGUUCUUGGCUGUUCUCAUGUUUAGUCAAGAAUUAAUGGAAUAAUAAGUGUGAAUACAGAGUUGUGAUAAAGACUGCCAAGAUUUUAGUUUUUUAUUACAGUCUCACAAAAUUCUCUAUAAGCAUACAGAGGUAAACAGAUUUAGUUCUUAGCCCAAUCAGCGUAAUGCCUCAAAGUCCUAUAAUAGAAAUAGACUGUACAGUUUAAGAACAUGAAGUGUAAGCCAUAUGUAAUUUUACAUUUUCUAGUAGGCAUAUUUAAAAAGUAAAAAGGAGGAGGUGAAAAUCGUUUUGAUUAUGUAUUUCUAUUUAACCCAGUAUAUCUGGUAUGUCACCAUUUCAACAUACAAUCACUAUAAAAAGUUAUUUAGGAGAUACUGUAUUUUUUUUUCAACUUUGUGUUUAAAACCAGUGUAUAUUUAAACAGGACACACCUCCGUUUAGGCUAACCACAUUCCAAUUUCGCAAGAGCCAUGUUUGGAUAGUGGCUCCUGUACUAGACAGUGCAGUCCAGAACUAGCUCUUAAAAAUGAACACUAUUGUAUAUCCAUUAAAACUUUAUUUUUUAAAGAAUUUUUGAGAGGUGAUAUGGGAAGUGUUAUUUUUUAUGAGAAAAUACGGGAACUUUUUUUUUUUAAUACAAAAGGAGAUAAAGAAGUAGCUCAUUUGGGCUAGUUUAUUUUACACAGACUAGCUGUAUUUCUGACCAAUCCAAAAAUGUCUUACUUUGGAUCCUGCCGUUUCAUCAUACUGUGUAUCAUUUUUCCAGUGAUACUGAUAAAGUUGCCCAGGACCCAUCCUGACUGGCAUCAGCAAUCUCUAAAAUGUCGGUUUUCUUCACUGAAGCAAAUACGAUGAUUCCAGUGACUUAAAUUCCCCCAACGUUAUCUAAUUGAACUUUGAAAAGACAAUUUUAAAGGACUAAAAAGAGACCCUUUUAAUUCUUGAAUUCUGUACACAGAAUCUUCUUUGUAACUUUUGGAUUUAAUUUCCAUUCUUUAGAAGUGGUAAAAUACUUUCAGAUACAAAGAGCACUCUCAGGUUGUCUUGGGCUUGAUGAAGAACACAAGGUCUAGAACUUUGCACCACCAACACCCCCCCCUCCCAAAAAAAAGUCUGCCUUUUAACUAGAGACGUUUAGAGCUAAUGGUGUUCAAUUCUAUACCCAGUUUCCCCAAAGGUGUAAUAUUAGACUGGCUUGCCUGUCAACAGGGGUAUUCCUUUUUCAGCUACUCUGAAUAGGUGGCCUCUUCGUUUGGGUUAAGUCCGUGCCAUUGCCAGUAAUAUACAUGGCCAUUGACAGUCUUUCAAGAGGUUCAGAGUCUGCCAAAUAUUAGACUCUGUAAAGAUUCUUGAGUUUUUUUCCUUUGCAUGCAAAUGUGAUUACUGUAUUUUAGGUACUAGUUCCUGAAAGUCCCAUUUCUGUAAGAAAAAUGAUGCAGCUAAAGGGAAAGGUUUUCCUCUAUAUCCGAUAGAACUUUUGCCUUGUAAGAGCAGUCUGUCACAUCUUGCCUUUCUAAGGCUGCAUUCUUUGUGGAAAGCUUAGGAAGGCAAUAGUUCCAGAUAUCAUUUAUAACCACUCUGCUUUCUAUAUGCAAAAAAUGUUGUAUUUUGUAGUGGAUCUUUUUUUUCUGUUGAGCACUUUAUGCUUUUUAGUCUAUUGCAUUUGAGAAAAUAUAGUUUAGAAAUCCUUUCUUAUUUAAAGCCAUGUAAAAACUGUUUAAAGGAUAAUCAGAAAUAAAUGAGUGUGCUUUAUUUAGCAUUUAACUCACUGUUUUGUGGUAUGUAUAAGCAAAAUACUAGAAAUAUAUUCCCUUUUUGUAAUACUCUUUGACCUUAUUUAAGAUGAUUUACCAGGAAAUGUCAUUGAUGUCCUAUUUUCCUAAUGAGUUUAUUAAAUGUCGGUUUUAUUCUAAUACCGAAGGAAUUCACCCAACUUUAUGUCAUCAGAUAACCUCAGAAAAUAAUGUGCUUUAUCUGUAUUACUGCCUGUUUUAAAUAUUUAAAUUAGUAGUGGUCUUAUAAUUUCUACUGAGCCUAAUAAUCAAAGACCAAAAGACGUAAUUUUUUUUUCUUCCUUUAAGGUAUUUUUAAUAGUCAAAUAAAAAUGAUGGUGGUAUAAAAAGUAAAUUACCCCAGCUUUUUGAUCAUAUCUAAAAUUCUGAGCAGUUUCCACUUCCAAAAAGACUUCUCAGAGAAGUCUCUAUUCCUUGUGUAUUCAGUGGAUGUGGGAUCAUAACUUGGUAUUAUAUUAGAAAUAGUGCCAGCCACUGGUCUAAAUUCUUUGAAUGUUAUUUUCUUUCAUUGUAAAAUGAGGGAAUUGAUUUAUUACAAUGGGAAACGACUUCGUUAUCAUCAGGAUCCUGAAAAAAGUUUCUCCAUUCAUGGCUGCAUUUGGAAAGAUUAAAAUGUUCAGAUAUGUUAUAUCCUGUUUUGGUGUUAAUUUGAUUUGUAUAUGUUGAUAGAGGCACUAGAUUCUGGAUUCUCACCAAGCCAGUAGAAUGGUAUUAGUUAUUCUCUCGUAAUGCUAUGUUCUUGCCUAUGGUGGCCAAGUAGUUAAAGUAAUAUGAGGGGUUUUAUAUAUAUUAUUAAAGAGUGUGUAUGUGGGUGUGUCCACUUGAAUCUGUGGAAGUAUCUGGAAUUUUUAUUGUGUUAACUUUAAAAUUAUGUGGACAUUAUUACAGCUUUUCCAUUGUACAAAAAGAAACAUCUGGUAGGUUCAUGUAUGUUUGAAUAGUAGGUAUAUUUGGGAUUUUUAGUGGCCCUUUUCUUUAAGCUGUUCUUCUUUCUGGUCAUUUUGAGUAGGAACAGAUAACGGAAUAAAUCCCUUCAGGAAUUAUUUACUGCUUUUGUCAAACACAUUUUGUAAAGAAAUUUAUAAAACAAUUUUAAUUACCUUCAAGUGAAUUGAAAUAUCAUGUGUUCUAGUCAUUUACAUCAAAUACAAAGACCUGAAAUCCUUUUAUCCUUAGAAUUGAGGAUAAAAAGAUUGUACGUGGUUCUGACAUUCCUAGCUUAUUAAAAUAAAUGUAGCAGUGAGUUGAUACUGGGACUUCAAGUACUAAAUAGUUGUGCUGAAUGAUGUGUUUGAGGGGAAAUAAAUUUUUUUUUUUUCCUUAAGAAAAAAAAAUCUAGAAGUCUUUAUAUUCCAGCUCUUUGGGUAAAGAGAUUAUUUUUCUUUUAAAUUUCCAGUCAUUUUGCUGCAGCUGCCACUAAUUUUGUGUUUAAAAGAACUAAUGAGGAAUAUAUUUUUCAAAGGAGUAAAUGAAGUUAAAAUUCAAGGUUUUGAAUUUAUAAAAUAUGCAAGAAUUUCCAUUCUAAGAUAUUGCUGACUUUUUUUUUUGCUGUUAACAUCUUUCAUUCAUUACAUGGCUUACAGUUUCAGUAGCUUUCAAAGAAAACAUUUGAGCUUUUGCAUAAUUUGUAAAGUAUACAUAAGUAAUGCAAAUAGUUUGAGAUUAUUUUAGCUUUACAUUGUAUCUCUGAAUCAUGGACAUCAUACCUGGCACAGUUAGUAGUGAUUGCAGAUCAGCCAUUUUUAAAUUUACAAUUUUUUUCUGAGAUGCCCUUUUUAGUUUGCAAACUUUUGUUUAGAAACAAAAGGUAACUUUAUACACCUACCAUCAGUAUCUUAGUUCCUUUGUCCCAAAUACAAUUAAUGGAAUUAGGAUGUAAGUCCUGUUAAGACGGUUUUAUUAUUUUUUUUAUACAUUGUAUGCUUUCCCUUUUUUUUUUUUGAAACUAUAUUGAGACUUAGACUUUUUAACUGAAGUUGAAUGGUAUUUGUCUUAAUCCUGUCCAGUUAUUGACCAAAUCAUAUCUAGAUGUUUGUAUGUUUUAAUUUUAUUUAUACAGGCCAUUUCAGUUUAAGUUGCCUUAUUCUAUUGCAUUGUUCUUGUCAAGUCUAAGCUUUGUCAUGUUGGAAUUCUUUUAACACUGAAUCUGUGAUGUAAAAAUGUAUGAUGUGUUACAAAUUUUAUUCAUAAUAAACUAACUUAUAGCCUAUUGUAACCUAUAAAACAUUUCUUGUAAAUUGUCCAGUUUAUUUUUUCAUUUAUGUACAUUUUCUUAUGUAAAUUUUUAAAAUACUCAUUGUGGCCUGUUCUAUCAACAUUCCUGUGCUCUUCUCUUUAAUGCUUAUUUGCAUGAAAGAAUCUUGGGUUUUGCUUGUUUGUAUUGGAUGGCCAUUAAGCCAGCUUCGGUACUCUCUGCCUUCUUUCCUGUAGUUCAACUUUUUCUAGAUUUGUUCAUAUUCUAAAUAAAUGUUAAAAUCAUU